UUCUAGAGUCGUGGUCCAGCCCCCGGGCCAUCGCGGCCGCCGCCCAGUCGGCUGUUCCACCGCCAGGUGCAAAGUGCCGUGUCAUUGGAAAAGCCCGCGGCCGGCCUCAGCAUUAGAUUACAUCUCUAUGGAGCCCAAGUAGGUCUGCGGGGGUGGAAAAUGAGCAGAAGCCCCUGUUCUUGCAACGCCCGCUUCCCGGAGUUGAGCGCAGCCAGGGGCGGGGACCGAGCCUAGGCCCUUGGAGCAGCCCGGGCUGGUCUAUUCCCCUUUAAGAGCAGCAAGCAGCUCUGAGCCGGGAGCCAAAGAGCCCUCUCCGGGGAGGAGACCCACGAGCUGCGCCUCGGUUCCCGGGGUCCCUUCCCAGUCCUCUGCUCCCGGGCACACCGGGCCCCACGCGCGCCAGUCAUGCUGAGGGUCUUUAUCCUCUAUGCCGAGAAUGUCCACACCCCGGACACCGACAUCAGCGAUGCCUACUGCUCCGCUGCGUUUGCAGGGGUGAAGAAGAGAACCAAAGUCAUCAAGAACAGCGUGAACCCCGUGUGGAAUGAGGGUUUUGAGUGGGAUCUCAAGGGCAUCCCUCUGGACCAGGGAUCUGAGCUUCAUGUGGUGGUCAAAGACCAUGAGACGAUGGGAAGGAACAGGUUCCUGGGGGAAGCCAAGGUCCCACUCCGGGAGGUCCUUGCUACCCCCAGUCUGUCAGCCAGCUUCAAUGCCCCUCUGCUGGACACCAAACAGCAGCCCACUGGGGCCUCGCUUGUCCUGCAGGUGUCCUACACGCCGCUUCCCGGAGCCGUGCCCAUGUUCCCCUCCCCCGCUUCUCUGGAGCCCUCCCCGACACUGCCUGAACUGGACGUCGUGGCUGGUGGGGGACAGAGCCGGGCAGAGACUUGGUCGCUGCUCAGUGACAGCACCGUGGACACGAGAUACUCUGGAAAGAAGUGGCUGGCCCCCACUGACACAGGAGGAGAAGAAGACACCGAGGACCAGGGGCUCACAGGAGAUGAGGCAGAGCCGUUCCUGGAUCCCACUGGUGUGCCUGGCCCGGGGGCUCCCACCACCCCCAGGAAGCCACCUUCCCAUCCUCCUCCCUACCACCCUGGGAGCAAAAGAAAGAGAAGCACACCCCCACCCCGAAAGCUGCUGUCGGACAAGCCGCAGGACUUCCAGAUCCGAGUCCAGGUGAUCGAGGGGCGCCAGCUGCCGGGGGUGAACAUCAAGCCUGUAGUCAAGGUCACAGCUGCUGGACAGACCAAGCGGACUCGGAUCCACAAGGGAAACAGUCCUCUCUUUAACGAGACUCUUUUCUUCAACCUGUUCGACUCUCCUUCAGAGCUGUUUGAUGAGCCCAUUUUUAUCACGGUGGUGGACUCCCGUUCCCUCAGGACAGACGCCCUCAUCGGGGAGUUCCGGAUGGACGUGGGCACCAUUUACGGAGAACCCCGGCACGCUUAUCUCAGGAAGUGGCUGCUGCUCUCUGACCCUGAUGAUUUCUCUGCUGGGGCCAGAGGCUACCUGAAAGCCAGCCUGUGCGUACUGGGACCUGGAGACGAAGCACCUCUGGAGAGAAAGGACCCCUCUGAAGACAAGGAGGACAUUGAAGGCAACCUGCUCAGGCCAACAGGUGUGGCCCUUCGAGGAGCCCACUUCUGCCUGACGGUCUUCAGGGCUGAGGACUUGCCUCAGAUGGAUGAUGCUGUGAUGGACAACGUGAAGCAGAUCUUCGGCUUCGACAGUAACAAGAAGAACCUGGUGGACCCCUUCGUGGAGGUCAGCUUUGCAGGGAAGAUGCUCUGCAGCAAGAUCCUGGAGAAGACAGCCAACCCUCAGUGGAAUCAGAGAGUCAUGCUGCCUGCCAUGUUUCCCUCCAUGUGUGAAAAAAUGAGGAUCCGCGUCAUAGACUGGGACCGCCUCACUCACAAUGACAUCGUGGCCACUUCCUACCUGAGCAUGUCGAAGAUCUCUGCCUCUGGAGGAGAAAUAGAAGAGGAGGCUUCGAGUGUGGUCAAGUCUUCACAAGCCACGGACCUGGAUGACCACCUGGGCUUCCUCCCCACCUUCGGGCCCUGCUAUGUGAACCUCUACGGCAGCCCCCGAGAGUUUACUGGCUUCCCAGACCCCUACGCAGAGCUCAACAUGGGCAAGGGGGAAGGUGUGGCCUACCGAGGCCGGGUUUUGCUGUCCCUGGAGACCAAGCUGGUGGAGCACAGUGAGCAGAAGGUGGAGGACCUCCCUGCAGAUGACAUCCUCCGGGUGGAGAAGUACCUCCGGAGGCGCAAGUACUCCCUCUUUGCUGCCUUCUACUCGGCCUCCAUGCUGCAGGACGUGGAUGAUGCCAUCCAGUUCGAGGUCAGCAUUGGGAACUAUGGCAACAAGUUCGACACGACCUGCCUGCCUCUGGCCUCCACCACCCAGUACAGCCGGGCAGUCUUUGAUGGAUGCCACUACUACUACCUACCGUGGGGCAACGUGAAGCCCGUGGUGGUGCUGUCCUCCUACUGGGAAGACAUCAGCCACAGAAUCGAGACUCAGAACCAGCUGCUCAGGAUUGCUGACCGGCUGGAAGCCGGCCUGGAGCAGGUCCACCUGGCCCUGAAGGCGCAGUGCUCCACCGAGGACAUGGACCUCCUGGUGGCUCAGCUGAUGGAUGAGCUCAUUGCAGACUGCAGCCAGCCCCUGAGUAAUGUUCUGGAGAUACCCUCUGCCACCCACCUGGACCAGUACCUGUUCCGGCUGCGUACCCGCCACCUGAGCCAAAUCAUUGAGGCUGCCCUGGCCCUGAAGCUUGGCCACAGUGAGCUCCCCGCUGCCCUGGAGCAGGCUGAGGACUGGCUCCUGCGUCUCCGUGCCCUAGCGGAGGAGCCCCAGAACAGCCUGCCGGAUAUUGUCAUCUGGAUGCUGCAAGGAGACAAGCGCGUGGCCUACCAGCGGGUGCCUGCCCAUGAAAUCCUCUUCUCCCGGCGGGGCACCAGCUACAGCGGCAAGAACUGUGGGAAGCUGCAGACCAUCUUUCUGAAAUAUCCGAUGGAGGGGGUGCCUGGGGCCCGGAUGCCAGUGCAGAUACGAGUCAAGCUCUGGUUCGGGCUCUCUGUGGAUGAAAAGGAGUUCAACCAGUUUGCAGAGGGGAAGCUCUCUGUCUUUGCUGAAACGUAUGAGAACCAGACCAAGCUGGCCCUGGUUGGGAACUGGGGCACAACAGGCCUCACUUACCCCAAGUUUUCUGAUGUCACGGGCAAGAUUAAGCUCCCCAAGGACAGCUUCCGCCCCUCGGCUGGUUGGGCCUGGGCUGGAGAUUGGUUCGUGUGUCCGGAGAAGACCUUGCUCUAUGAUGCUGAUGCCGGUCACCUGAGCUUUGUGGAGGAGGUGUUUGAGAACCAAACCCGGCUCCCCGGAGGCCAGUGGAUCUACAUGAGUGACAACUACACCGAUGUGAACGGGGAGAAAGUACUUCCAAAGGAUGACAUCGAGUGCCCACUGGGCUGGAAGUGGGAAGAUGAAGAGUGGUCCACGGACCUCAAUCGUGCUGUGGACGAGCAAGGCUGGGAGUACAGCAUCACUAUCCCCCCGGACCGGAAGCCAAGGCACUGGGUCCCUGCUGAGAAGAUGUACUACACACACCGACGGCGGCGCUGGGUCCGUCUGCGCAGGAGGGACCUCAGCCAGAUGGAAGUGCUGAAGAGGCACAGGCAGGCAGAGGCAGAGGGUGAGGGCUGGGAGUAUGCCUCGCUCUUUGGCUGGAAGUUCCACCUUGAGUACCGCAAGACGGAUGCCUUUCGCCGCCGCCGCUGGCGCCGCCGCAUGGAGCCACUGGAGAAGACGGGGCCUGCAGCCGUGUUUGCCCUUGAGGGGGCCCUGGGUGGUGUGGUGGAUGACAGGAGUGAAGAUUCCAUGUCUGUCUCCACCUUGAGCUUUGGAGUGAACAGACCCACGAUCUCCUGCAUCUUCGACUAUGGGAACCGAUACCACCUCCGUUGCUACAUGUACCAGGCCCGAGACCUGCCUGCGAUGGACAAAGACUCUUUUUCAGAUCCCUACGCGAUCGUCUCCUUCCUGCACCAGAGCCAGAAGACCGUGGUGAUGAAGAACACCCUAAAUCCCACCUGGGACCAGACCCUCAUCUUCUACGAGAUCGAGAUCUUUGGCGAGCCCGCCAGUGUUGCCGAGCAGCCACCCAACAUCGUGGUAGAGCUGUAUGACCAUGACACCUACGGUGCAGAUGAAUUUAUGGGCCGCUGUAUCUGUCAACCAAGCCUGGAACGGAUGCCUCGGCUGGCCUGGUUCCCACUGACAAGGGGCAACCAGCCAGCAGGCGAGCUACUAGCAUCUUUUGAACUCAUCCAGAGAGAGAAGCCGGCCAUCCACCAUAUUCCUGGAUUUGAGGUGCAGGAUACAUCCAGGAUCCUGGACGAGUCAGAGGACACAGACCUGCCCUACCCACCACCCCAGAGGGAGGCCAACAUCUACAUGGUUCCCCAGAAUAUCAAGCCAGCUCUGCAGCGCACUGCCAUCGAGAUCCUGGCAUGGGGCCUUCGGAACAUGAAGAGUUACCAGCUGGCCAGCAUCUCCUCCCCCAGCCUCGUGGUGGAGUGCGGCAGCCAGACGGUCCAGUCCUGCGUCAUCAGGAACCUCCGGAAGAACCCCAAUUUCGAUGUCUGCACACUCUUCAUGGAAGUGAUGCUGCCUAGGGAGGAGCUCUACUGUCCCCCCAUCGUGGUCAAGGUCAUCGACAACCGCCAGUUUGGCCGCAGGCCUGUAGUGGGCCAGUGCACCAUCCGCUCCCUGGAGAGCUUCCUCUGUGAUCCCUACACAUCAGAGAGUCUGUCCCCACAGGGCGGCCCAGAUGAUGUGAGCUUGCUCAGUCCUGGGGAAGAUGUGCUUAUCGACAUUGAUGACAAGGAGCCCCUCAUCCCUGUCCAGCUUGCCGAUGGUCUGUCAAGCUUGGGCCCCACUAACAUGGCGUCUUCUCCAUCCAGUCCUCAUGAAGAAGAGUUCAUCGACUGGUGGAGCAAAUUCUUUGCCUCCAUAGGGGAGAGGGAAAAGUGUGGCUCCUACUUGGAGAAGGAUUUUGACACCCUAAAGGUCUAUGACACAUCACUGGAGAAUGUGGAGGCUUUUGAGGGCCUGUCUGAUUUUUGUAACACCUUCAAGCUCUACCGAGGCAAGACUCAGGAGGAGACGGAAGAUCCAUCUGUCAUUGGGGAAUUCAAGGGUCUCUUCAAAAUUUAUCCCCUCCCAGAAGACCCGUCCAUCCCCAUGCCUCCAAGACAGUUCCACCAGUUAGCUGCACAGGGGCCCCAGGAUUGCUUGGUCCGCAUCUACAUUGUCCGAGCAUUUGGCCUGCAGCCCAAGGAUCCCAAUGGAAAGUGUGACCCCUACAUCAAGAUCUCUCUAGGGAAGAAAUCAGUGAGUGACCAAGAUAACUACAUCCCCUGUACUCUGGAGCCUGUAUUUGGAAAGAUGUUUGAGUUGACCUGUACUCUGCCUUUGGAGAAGGACCUGAAGAUCACACUCUACGAUUAUGACCUCCUCUCCAAGGAUGAGAAGAUAGGGGAGACAGUCAUUGACCUGGAGAAUAGGCUGUUGUCUAAAUUUGGGGCUCGCUGUGGGCUCCCACAGACCUACUGUGUCUCUGGACCGAACCAGUGGAGGGACCAGCUCCGCCCCACCCAGCUCCUCCACCUCUUCUGCCAGCAGCACAGGGUCAAGGCCCCUGUGUACCGGACAGACCGUGUGACGUUUCAGGAUAAAGAAUACUCGAUUGAGGAGAUAGAGGCUGGCAGGAUCCCGAACCCACACCUGGGCCCAGUGGAGGAGCGUCUGGCUCUGCAUGUCCUUCAGCAGCAGGGGCUGGUUCCUGAGCAUGUGGAGUCACGGCCCCUUUACAGCCCUCUACAGCCAGACAUUGAGCAGGGGAAGCUGCAGAUGUGGAUUGACCUAUUUCCCAAGGCCCUGGGGCGACCUGGACCUCCAUUUAACAUCACCCCCAGAAAAGCCAGAAGGUUUUUCCUACGCUGUAUUAUCUGGAACACCAAAGAUGUGAUCCUAGACGACCUCAGCCUCACAGGGGAGAAGAUGAGUGACAUUUACGUGAAAGGUUGGAUGGUCGGCUUUGAAGAACACAAGCAGAAGACAGAUGUGCAUUACCGAUCCCUGGGUGGUGAGGGCAACUUCAACUGGAGAUUUGUUUUCCCCUUCGACUACCUGCCAGCUGAGCAGAUGUGCUCCAUUUCCAAGAAGGACGCCUUCUGGAGGCUGGACAAGACUGAGAGCAAAAUCCCAGCACGAGUGGUAUUCCAGAUCUGGGACAACGACAAGUUCUCCUUUGAUGACUUUCUGGGCUCUCUGCAGCUGGAUCUCAACCGCAUGCCUAAGCCGGCUAAGACCGCUGAGAAGUGUUCCUUGGACCAGCUAGAUGACACUUUCCACCCCGAAUGGUUCGUGUCCCUUUUUGAACAGAAGACAGUGAAGGGCUGGUGGCCCUGUGUAGCAGAAGAGGCCGAGAAGCAGAUCCUGGCGGGCAAGCUGGAAAUGACCUUGGAAAUAGUAGCAGAGAGCGAGCAUGAGGAACGACCCGCCGGCCAGGGUCGGGAUGAGCCCAACAUGAACCCUAAGCUUGAGGAGCCAAGGCGCCCCGACACCUCUUUCCUGUGGUUUACUUCCCCCUAUAAGACGAUGAAAUUCAUCCUGUGGAGGCGCUUCCGGUGUGCCAUCAUCCUCUUCAUCAUCCUCUUCAUCCUCCUGCUGUUCCUGGGCAUCUUCGUUUAUGCCUUCCCGAAUUAUGCUGCCAUGAAGCUGGUGAAGCCCUUCAGCUGAGGACCCUCCUGCACUGGAGAAGGGGGCGCAGGCUGCCCUCCUGGCCCAGAACUGGCUUGCCUCCUCCACCCAGCCUAGCAGAGCUCCUCUAGCCCUCCGGGGCCAGACUGUGCUGCUGGGUGGGCAGACAGAUGGACUGGCACCUGCUGCAAGAGUUGCUAGCAUUGUGGCCUGGGAUCACCCCACUCUCACCAUCUCUUUCUCUCCUACCUCCUUUUGAAUCAGCUCAUAUGUAUUUCAGUAUAAAACAGGUUGAACCACCAAGCGA